AUGGAGGAGGCAGCAGAGUUGCUUUCCGAAGGCGAGAGACUGCAGUGUGCCCCCGACCCGCGCCUGCGCCCGGAUUUAGAAUGGAUCCCUUCUGGACAAGGCUGUGCUCAGGGCCUCAGAGAUUCCCCGCCCGGGCUGGCACGGGCCUUCCUCGCUCUAAAGAGCCUUCCCCGGGGCUUGGCCCUUGGCCCUUCACUCGCCGAGGAACAGUGUUUGGGGGUCUGGUGUGUCGGGGAGCCCCUGCAGCCGGGACUGCUCUGGGGGCCGCUGGAAGAGGAGUCUGUCUCCGAGCAGAAGGAGGAAGGAGUGAAGCCACGGCAGAAGGAGGACGUGUCACUAGGCCCCUGGGGAGACGUGUGUGCUUGUGAGCAGAGUUCAGGCUGGAUCAGUCUGGUGCAGCGGGGCAGGCUGGAAGGUGAGGGAAACGUAGCCCUGGUGCGGAUCAGCGAGAAGCUCCAUCUGCAGGUGUACCGGGUUGUGCUGCCAGGCUUUGAGUUGUUGCUGUGGCCCCAGCCUCCCUCUGAUGGCCUGAACCCCACCCAGCCCAGGCUAGAAGAAGAGGCAGCCUUGGCUGUGGGGACAGAAGUAGACUCCGCUAUACAGCAGGAAGUGGACUCCCCUGGGGAGGAUGCGGCAGAACCUUGGACAGAUCCUGAUCACCAGUCACCGCCCAGCAUCCAGGCAGAGAGUAUGGAAAGCCCCGGACCUAAGCCUCAAACCCAGGAUCAAGUUUCCAAGGCGAGCCAAGCACUUGGCCUGCUCCCUCAAGGUGGCAGCAUGGGUGAGGAGGACCCAGCCCAGACACAGAUGUCACCAGAGCCUCAGAGCAGCUCCGCCACCCAGCAGGGCCCAGACAGCAGUGAGGCCAGUUCCUCAUCUUCUGCCAGGGGCUCCCACCUGCAGACUUACCUGGUCAAGAAGUUAUGUGGCCCCAGUGACCAGUGCCCACCCAGAGCAAAGACCUCAGAGUCCAGGGCCCAGCAGGCGGGGGAGCAGCAACAGCCCGGCCUCCCUGCACGCUUACGGAGCCCCCCUGGCCCAGCAGGAAGCUCCCCAAAACAGAGGCGACGGUACCGGUGUGGGGAGUGUGGCAAAGCCUUCCUGCAGCUGUGCCACCUGAAGAAGCAUGCGUUCGUGCACACAGGCCACAAACCCUUCCUCUGCACUGAGUGUGGCAAGAGCUAUAGCUCAGAGGAAAGCUUCAAAGCCCACAUGCUGGGCCACCGCGGGGUGCGACCCUUUCCUUGCCCACAAUGUGACAAGGCCUACGGCACCCGGCGAGACCUCAAAGAGCACCAGGUGGUACAUUCAGGUGCCAGGCCCUUUGCCUGUGACCAGUGUGGCAAGGCCUUUGCCCGCCGGCCCUCCCUGCGACUGCAUCGCAAGACCCACCAGGUGCCGCCUGCCCCUGCCCCAUGCCCGUGCCCUGUGUGUGGGCGCCCCCUGGCCAACCAGGGCUCUCUGCGCAACCACAUGCGGCUCCACACAGGAGAAAAGCCCUUCCUGUGCCCACACUGUGGCAGGGCGUUCCGCCAGCGGGGCACCCUGCGUGGUCACUUGCGGCUGCACACAGGGGAGCGGCCUUACCGCUGCCCACACUGUGCCGAUGCCUUUCCGCAGCUGCCUGAGCUGCGGCGCCAUCUUAUCUCUCACACCGGGGAGGCCUACUUGUGUCCCGUGUGUGGGAAGGCCCUCCGAGACCCACAUACACUGCGUGCUCAUGAGCGUCUACACUCAGGGGAGAGGCCCUUCCCAUGCCCCCAGUGUGGCCGUGCUUACACACUGGCCACCAAGCUGAGGCGCCACCUCAAAUCCCACCUAGCCGACAAGCCCUAUCGCUGUCCCACCUGUGGCAUGGGCUACACCCUCCCCCAAAGCCUCAAGCGGCACCAGCUCAGUCACCAGCCCGGGGCACCCUCCAGCCCACCCGGCAUGCCUCCUGCUGCUUCUGAGCCCACCGUGGUACUAGUGCAGACUGAGCCAGAACUGCUAGAUACGUGCGAUGAACAGGACGUCUCCCCUGCCCGGGACGUCUUCGAGGUCACCAUUUCUGAGAGCCAGGAGAAGUGCUUUGUGGAGCCAGGCCCCGCCUCCAGCCUGGUGCUCGUCCAUAAGGACAUGGGCUUUAGUGCCUGGGCAGAAGUGGUGGAGGUGGAGACGGGCACCUAACCCCCCACCUCCCCGAGCAGAGUUCUGCAUAAAGCUAGUGUUUUCUA